CCGCCGGUGGCUUGGGAGGCGGGGCGCCGCUCCCCCCGGGGUCAGGCUCCGCGGCUGGGGGGCGCCCCGUGCAGAUGAACCUCUACGCCACCUGGGAGGUGGACCGGAGCUCGCCCAGCUGCGUGCCCAGAUUGUUCAGUUUGACCUUGAAGAAGCUCAUCAUGCUGAAAGAGAUGGACAAGGAUCUAAACUCCGUGGUGAUUGCAGUAAAACUGCAGGGUUCAAAGAGGAUCUUGAGAUCCAACGAGAUUGUCUUACCUCUCAGUGGACUAGUGGAAACAGAACUUCAGCUGACUUUCUCGUUACAGUAUCCUCACUUCCUGAAGCGAGACGCCAACAAGCUACAAAUCAUGUUGCAGCGAAGGAAGCGGUACAAAAACAGGACCAUUCUGGGCUACAAAACUUUGGCUGUUGGCCUUAUCAACAUGGCUGAGGUUAUGCAGCAUCCAAGUGAGGGGGCCCUGGUGCUGGGACUCCACAGCAAUGUGAAAGAUGUUUCUGUCCCUGUUGCUGAAAUUAAAAUCUAUUCUCUGUCCAGCCAACCAAUAGACCAUGAAGGGCUUAAAUCAAAACUGUCUGAUCGCUCCCCGGACAUUGAUAACUACUCAGAGGAGGAGGAGGAAAGUUUCUCUUCUGAACAGGAGGGGAGUGAUGACCCCUUGCAUGGACAGGAUUUGUUUUAUGAAGAGGAAGACCUUAGGAAGGUGAAAAAGACUCGGAGGAAAAUGACGUCGACUUCCGCAAUUACUCGGCAGCCAAAUAUUAAGCAGAAGUUUGUGGCUUUACUGAAGAGGUUCAAAGUGUCCGAUGAGGUUGGCUUUGGACUGGAGCACGUGUCCAGGGAGCAGAUCCGGGAGGUAGAGGAGGAUCUUGAUGAGCUCUAUGACAGCCUGGAGAUGUACAAUCCCAGCGAUAGUGGUCCCGAGAUGGAGGAUACAGAGAGCAUCCUCAGCACGCCAAAGCCGAAACUCAAGCCUUUCUUUGAAGGAAUGUCGCAGUCGAGCUCCCAGACUGAAAUUGGAAGCCUUAACAGCAAAGGGAGCCUUGGCAAGGAUGCCACCAGCCCAAUGGAAGCAUGCCUUGGGGACAAAAUGAAACCUAUCCGGAGUAAAAAUGCAGAUGACAAUAUCAAUGAAGCAGACACGCUUGAAGGAAAUGAGCAGGACACUUUUGGAGAUUCAGCCACCACCUUAGUCAUCCCGGAAAAAAUAAAGACACCUAUGAAGACCAGCAAGGGAGAACUUCAGAGCAUGGCGUCACCAAGCAAAAUGGACAGUGCUACCCACACGCCGCGGCAGAAGCGCAGCACCCCACUCAAAGAGCGGCAGCUUUCAAAGCCCCUCAGCGAAAGGACCAACAGUUCGGACAGUGAAAGAUCUCCAGACUUGGGUCACAGUACACAGAUUCCUCGCAAGAUCCUUUAUGACCAGCUGAAUCAAAUCCUAGUGUCAGAUGCAGCACUGCCAGAAAACAUCAUCCUCGUGAACACUAUUGACUGGCAAGGCCAGUAUGUAGCCGAUCUCCUUCAGGACCAGAAGAAGCCAGUUGUUUGCACAUGCUCCACCAUUGAAGUGCAAGCCGUCCUCUCCGCAAUCCUCACGAGGAUUCAGCGAUACUGCAACUGUAAUUCCUCCAUGCCGCGUCCUGUGAAGGUGGUGUCUGUCGGGGGCCAGAGUUACCUGAGCGCUAUUCUGAGGUUUUUUGUGAAGCAGCUGGCAAACAAGACAUCCGACUGGCUGAGCUACAUGAGGUUCCUCAUCAUCCCGCUAGGUUCUCAUCCUGUCGCCAAGUACAUGGGCUCUGUGGACGGCAAAUAUAGCGGGAUGUUUCUGGAUACCACCUGGAGAGAACUCUUCAGCAAAUCUGAGCCACCUGUGACCGAGGCUUUGGACGUGGUUGGCCGGAUCAUGCAGUACGUGAGCGGAGCAAACGUGACCCACCAGCUGCCCGUGGCUGAGGCCAUGCUGACGUGCAAACACAAAUUCCAAGAUGAGGAUUCUUACCAGAAAUUCAUCCCUUUCAUUGGGGUGGUUAAAGUGGGCCUCAUUGAAGAUUCUCCUGCAGCUUCAGGAGAGGGCGACGAUUCUCCGGUCAUCAGCCUAACAGUUCCCUCCACCUCUCCCCCGUCUACCUCCGGCCUUGCCAGGGACAUCACCGCCACUCCUCCGUCAUCUCCCUCUAUGACUAGCGGGCUGGCAGGCAUGGGGUCGCCCAAUAGCCCUUACGGCGAUGUCAUUGGGCUACAGGUGGAUUACUGGCUCGUUCAGCCCGUAGAAAAGAAGAAGGAAGGGGAGAAGAAGGACGCCAGCUCCAAAAACACCCUCAAGAGCGUCUUCCGCUCGGUGCAGGUAUCCCGGCUGCCAAACAGCGGGGAAACCCAGCUGUCUGGCACCAUGGCCAUGACUGUCGUCACCAAAGAGAAGAAUAAGAAAGUUCCCACAAUCUUUCUGAGCAAGAAACCCAAAGAGAGAGACGUUGAUUCCAAGAGCCAAAUGAUUGACGGAAUCAGCCGGCUAAUCUGCUCUGCAAAACAGCAGCAAACGAUGCUGAAAGUUUCCAUUGACGGAGUAGAGUGGAGUGACAUCAAAUUUUUCCAGCUAGCUGCCCAGUGGCCAACCCAUGUGAAACACUUCCCCGUUGGACUCUUUGGUUCAAAGCCAGCCUGAUGGUGGCCGUGCGGCUGUCCUUCCCGCGUCCUCGUCAUCCUGCUGCGAUGUGGCAUCACCUCUGUCCAAACCAUCAGCCAAAUUGGAGCUGUCCUGUGGUUACUUCACUCGUGUCGCAUCAACUUGUGUGUUGAUCUGGUCGCACCAGGGAGGGACCGGCCUCCGGUGCCAAGAGCAAGACGCUACGUUUUUUCUCCAGCCAAGGAGCUGCCCGCCGACUGCUUUCUCAUAUUUUGCUGCCACAUUGUGUCAUGGGUGUCCAGCCUCCACCGAGUGUGCUACAUCUUGGGAAUGAAUCCCCAGAGACUUGGAUUCUACUGAUCUCCCGCCACACCUGCCGCACACUCCUUCCUUGAGCUGAGCUGGCACACCUGUGUCUUCCUGAAGAAUGUGUUUUGAGAACUUGCAGUCCACGAAAACCUGCCUUUAACAACAUUGUUCCUGUUUUGCAUUCUAGCUUUUGCUGAGCCAACUGAGAGCUUUGCUGAGCUCUCUCUCAAAGGUCUCCUUCUCAGCCUUGGCCUUUCCAAAAGCACAAAGCGGCAAAGCCCACGUUAGCUCUUGUGUUGGCUCCCAAACUCGACCUGAGUCAAGGCCCUCUCUCCUGCCUCCAGUCCCUCCCUGUUUCAGGGUCAAACCUGCCAGGCUGGUGGAAGGAGCCUUAACGUUCAUGCGAGGCUGCCUGUUGCUUGCCUGGAUGAGGAGCAGAAGGAUCAUUGUAGGGAAGUCGAGGCUGACAUUCUCUGUCAGGUCCACCCAUUCUACUGGCCUAGCCACACACAUCCACUUCUCUGCAAUUGUACUCGUUUUUUGUUCUGGUAGUUUUUUAAAACAAACAAACCAACUAGCAAUUGAAAUAACGAUCCCUCCCCCUUUUUUAAAAACAACAGCAACAACUUGGAGCAGUGUUUACCGGAGUUGUAUCGACAUUCCAGGUAAGGCCCCCGCUUGCCAGUGUGAUAUCACAGCGGAGUGAGAGAUGGAGAAGGCUUUUGGAAAGUAGGGUAAACUGAAGCUCACCCCCGUUAAUUUUGCUUGACGACUGCGUUGAGAAACGUGUCAUCCCAGCUACACCCCACAGGUACCAAGAGGAGAGGCUGCACCUCAUCCUUCUGCACCCUUACCUGCUCCUGAGUGAGCCUUGUGGUGAGACGUGCAGGGAUGCUUUGGGGGACCCGUUCAGCUGCCUCCUCCGCGGCCUGCUGGUCACAGCCAUUCCGAGGGUGGUCUUGGUCUCCCAGCAGCAUUCCCAUCCUUUCAGCAUUUCACUUCUUGUGCGGUGGCGCUGAAGCACGCCUGUGUUACGGCGUCUCCAAGACCUGCAUGUGCCAUUCCAGAAGCCACAGACCCAGUCAGACUUUACUCUUUCUAAGUACCUGCUCUUUGCCCCAAGACUUCCCUGCUAAAGGGAGCAAGUUGAAUAUCGAUACAGGAUGAUUGGACAGGCCUCUCAGGCCAGAGCUGUUUGGCCCUGAUGCAAAAUGGCAUUACUGACCAUAAUUCAGCAAUACUUCUGGGAAGUGGGGCUAGAGAAGGGCUUUUUGCCUGUUAGCAAGUCUGCAGUUCACUGGGCAUUUUUGGUGAUCACUAUGAAGCCCCCCACCCCACCCCACCCCCAAACGCCUUCCCUUUCCCCUUCUCCCAGUAUUGCUGGUCCUGGUUUUUACUAAGGUAAAGCAUGAAAGCCUCCCACCCGCCUCUGAAGCUGGUAUUCCAUGGAAGAAACGGGAACCACCUUGCCUUCUCUCCUUGAAAACUUUGGCAGCCUCGCUGACGUCCUUUUCAUGAUCCACAUUGCUUUUAACCUAUUCCUGACCAGCAAUAAAACAGGGGGACCUCCAUCAAUAGGUUUUCAGGCACCACAGCAUCAGCGCAGGUAUUUUUGGCUGAUUAAGACCGCUUUGUGCCGCAGUGCUUAAAAGCCUUCAACCAGCUCAAAGCAUACAGUCAAACUGUGGAGCGCACAGCCCACUUUGGGCAUUCCAGAUGCAUUUUCCUAUUAUUUACAAAUGACCACAUGCUUUCAGAGGUCCCAGAAUCCAGUCUGGCGAUUUUGCCCUACCUGAAAGUGUAGGGGCUGCUUGAGUAGAAGGGGAAAUAUGGGGAUGGCAGUGAGCGCUCGGGCGAUCAAUAGCAGUUGAGCCAUUUCCUCUGCUUUGUAGAUUCAACGAGGGAAAGCCGUGUCGUUCUCUCCUUCAAGCUGUUCCCCCCACGAGGCCAUUUCUUGCAGAGCACCUUCAGCCCUGCCCUUCAGCUGCUGUUGCUGUUCUUGCUCAAGAGAAAAAGCAUGGUUAUGAGCACCGGCAACCCCAUUCCCUUUAGGCCCCUGGGGGUGGGGUUUCCCCUUCCCAGGCUUAACUUGAGAGCAGGGCAAGGUCAGCUGGAUCAGCUCUGAUUCCGUCUCCCUUGUUGAAGAGUCUCAGUGGUUGAUUUGGUGGUGAUGGUUUCGUUUCCUUCCCUUGGCUCCUGCUGAAGUGGGUGACUUUACAAAUGUGGCUGUUUGAAUCCUCUCCCAGACCCACAAAGUGGCAUUGCUGUUACGCGCCUGUCCUGAAUUCCACAACCCCCCUUCUCUAGUGGGGAUUGUCACUGAUCCAGGAUCUUUUGGUGUAGUCCAUCUUCCUUCUUGGACUAGGUCCCCUAUCUGUGCCCCUCCCCCUCUAAAUAUUAAACAUACUUCUUUUCUUUGGAUCAAACAAGUUGGGAAAGGGAGUUUAUGUCCCCUGGGUUUGGGGCUAGCUGCUUCUUCCGUAUGCAAAGGAGAGGUGACUCUCUAGAUAAGCACAACCGACUAUUCCUUCCACACCAGCUCUGCAGAAACGUCUGUCUUGUCUUGAUGUUUCUCUCCCCCUGCCCGCCGCCAUAAACAAACGUCAAGCCUAGUCCAAUUGCUUCAGGAUGAGGCCGUGAGAGAACAUGCCAGAGUCCGGCUGAUUCCAAAGCCACUAAAUGGGGGAAGUAGGGAAGGGAUUAGCCAAUGUCCAGGAUUCCUUGACAACCUCUUUGGGGCUGUACGAAUAAAAGUGUUGCUGAGCACCUGGCAGGCAGCACUCCAUGAUGGCAGGCAGGAAGCUACGCAGGUGUGGGAUUUGAGUGGAUGGGGGUUUCCUAGCAGCCAGUCAACCCUGCCUCUUACGUCCUCUGGAUUGCUUUUGGCCAAACUGAAACGUCGUGGGGAGGCCAAGCUGUGACAGAAGCCUGUGCCUGUCGCCACAUCCUGGGCUUCUGCAGCAGCACACACAAACUCUCCCCCACCCCAGUCCGUAGCCAGUUUAGUGCAGUGUUGUCACCAUAUGUGCCCAUCUGUUUGUCAAACCAGCGCAGGGCUGCCUCGCACACAUUUUCCGUGUUGUGUUUUUCUCCGUGGCCUGGCUGUUCCGAUUCAUGCUUUGCAAAAGCACGCGCGCUCCUCCUGCCGCAGCUGUGGACUGGGACAGAGAGGCCUUGUCAGAGCUAAGGCUCGUUCAGGUUUGGGACGCCACUUGCAAGCCUGGGGGCUGGCCAGCUGGCUUGUUUUCCCUUUUCAUUUCAAAUUCCCUUUAGGGUCUCCAGGAGUGUUAAUCCUCUCCUUGCCCGCAACACCCAAGGGAGGUGGGGAGAGGUUCAUUUCAAGAAGAGUCGAAGCAGCUGCCCAGAUAGCUGUGGAGCACAACCCUGCAGCUGUUUCCUUUGUGAUGAGGGCACAUGCCACUUCCAGCCCGAACUGUUGCCAUUCUAGCAAGGAUCCUGACACCAAACCAAAUCCUUUCACCACCACAUCCCCUCCCAAACUGGUCAGUCCUGCAAGGUGGAGUUACUCUUGUCUCUCCCUGGAGGAAAGCAGGCUCAAGAAGCUGAAGUGAUGUGUCCGCCCCCCGGGUCUGGAUGGGCAGGAGUCCCUCCUGUUCCAAGCCAGUUUGCGCUUUGUGCCGCGCGGAGUGUGGGACUCUUAGCUCAGAAGGAAAAUCGCCCUAUAUUGAGGGUGUGUAAUCAGCACGUGAGUUUAAUAGACAACUCUCAUGCGCGCGCACACACGCCACCUUGAAACCUCAAGCACUCUCCUGUGAGGUUCCUCACACCCACCAACACGGAAGAUCUACCAAAGAGGACACACCUGCCCCAUGAAUAAAUGACGCUCCCAGGAAAGACCAACGGCGGGAAGCUGCAGGGAGCUCCCCGAGGUUCAUUGCUUCCACAUGGCCUUGCCUCAGACCUAAUCUCAUGUCUUGACUGUUACAGUGAGUGAGUCCAUUUGAGGACCGUCGUCGUUUUCCUGUUUUUGCUGUGUGGAUUUUGCACAUUCUGGAACUAUUUUUGUCUAUAAUCCAGGUUGUCUGGAUUUUCAUGUGCUCUUCUGUGUCUUGGCCACUGUACAUAAAUAUGAGUUUUGUAUAUAAUCUCAUUUUUUGGUAAGCAUCUUGAUUCUCUUCAGUUUGGAUUACCAGCCCCAAACAACCCACGUAAAGAAUUUCUGCUUCAGUUAGAUUUUGGGGCCUUGUUAGUAUUUGAUGCAUUUUAUUCCUGGGGUCUGUUGUCUUCCUCCCCCUCCCUAUUUUUUGAGUUUUUCAUUAAAUAAAUUGUGUCUUUUUCUUAAAA